GUCUUACAAAUUAUUCUAUAAAAAAUAAUAAUGAUAAAAUGUAUGGUGACGCUUGUUAUCAUUUUUUUUGUGGAAUGUUAUUCGAAUUAUGGAAAUCACGUAGCAUGACCCAUAUAGAUCGUGUAGGAUUUGCUUAG